GUGGGGGGAGGCAAAGUGUGCUUGCUGCUGCUGCUGCUGGGUUGGUUGACUCCCCUCUCUCUCUCCCCUUACUCUCCCCUCUGUAUGUGGCCGUGUGUCGUUGUUACAACGCUCCGGUAGUACCCGAGGAGUCCCUCCUCAUCCUCCUCCUCCUUCCCCACGCCCCGAGAAGUAAAAAGCGGCACACGGCGCAGCGUUUGUCGCCCUGGCCGACUCCGUGCAAGGAAACCUUGGCGAUGCGGCAUCAGAGACGAUUCAUUUUGUAACGAAAAGUGUGCGUGUGCAUGUGUGUGUGUGUGCUUCAUCCGCUGGCCGGAGGAAGGUUGUUGUUGUCGUCGUGUGUGUGUGUGAAAGUAAACAAGCCGUGUGUGGUAGAUACGUUGCGUUGGUACGUAUCCACUUACCGGUUGCAUUAAUGACUCGUUCUGGGCUGUAGGCACCGGAUCGUAGUAAAUAGUCAACGCGAAACUGCGUCUGCAAGCGUUAGUCAUUAAUCGUUGUGUGUUUUUUUAAACUUUACUUUACAACAAGGCGAUAUAUAUCGCCCCCUGGCACACAGAGAGAGAGAGAUUUUUUUGUUGUUUGUUGAGCAAGCCAUCGUUUGGGAGUUUGUGGAUAUAUCGGUGAAGUUUGAAAUAAAACAACGACGACAAAACAUUUAUCCUUAGCCAAGUUUUGAUUAUUAUUAUUAUUUUUCUGAACAAGGGACAUCCUCAAUUUGCGCCUUGCAGGAUAAGGAGUCGACAGUUGUCUUCAUUUAGUCCACUAGGACUCGUGACAGAAUCCACGAGCGAAGUGUACCAUGAUUUGAUAGAGAAAGCUGCUGCUGCCGACUUCAUCUGCUAUUCAGUCACGGGACCUCAAAGGCCUUUUCUCCUCGAGUCCCACUCGUGCCAGUUAAAACCCUCGCGAGCAUCAACGGUGUCGCAGCCCCCGCGGUGGCCGUGUCGUGUUAACCGCUCGGCGCCUCCCAUCGUCACCGUCGUGCGUCCGUGCAAUCGCGAGCGGUGCCUCCGCCAGGCCCCGCACGGCAAGCCGCAAGCAUGCUGCAGCAAAUCCUACGCGACAUGUUUAUCGAGCCGGAGCUGCUCUCCGAGCUCAAUGAUGACCAGAAGCAGAUCCUCUUCUUCAAGAUGCGCGAGGAGCAGGUCCGGCGGUGGAAAGAGCGCGAGGAGCAGAUCGAGAAGGAGCAGAAAACGCAGCAGAAGAAGCCCAACUCGAACAAGCGAGAUCACAGCAAGACGGUGCAUUGGCAGAUGAGGUCGGAUGGUGAAGUAUGGGUGUGCGUCAUGGGCGAAGAUCCCGCGCUCAACCGCUUCUCCCGAAACGACAUCCAGCGGAAGUCUGGGGAGGUCAACAAAAACGAGCGCUUCAAGGAGGCGAACCUGAAGGAUCGUCCGCAGAAGCUCACAGCCGAAAUGCAGCGGGAACUGCAACAGGACGUCCAGAGCAGCGAGCCGGAGGUACAGAGGCCGACGAGCGUCGGGGAGGAGAAAAGUAUUUCGGAAGAGAAACCGCAGACCCAGGCAGCAGAGGAGCGACACGUGCCCAAGGAAGUCCGCCAAGAGAAGCCAGUGGCUCUGCCACAGCAGCCACAAGUGCAGCAGGAGCCUGCAGACCCACGCAGGAUCCUGGGGAAGAUGUGCGCCGAGUCUGACCGCAGGAAGCAGUGGAUGAAGGCCUCGCACGAACGGCAGGAAGCUGAGAAGAAGGAGCAGGAGGAGGACGACGACUCGGAGAGCAUCUACGCAAACUUCCAGCAGUCCAACUAUGACGCCGAGGAAAUGGCGUGGCAGGAGGCCCUGAAGAAGGCGAAGGCGGCGGAUGAGGCGCGGCGCCAGCUCGUGCUGCGCACGCGGGAGGAGUAUAAGCGCCAGUCGAUCCGCGCCAUCGAGAAGGGCUCCGUGGCGUCGCUCACCAACCGCUUCGUGGGCAUAGACGUGCAGGACUGCCACGGUGGGGGAGGCGCGAGGCCCGGACCCAAGCCCGUGCCUCCGCCCAGACCCACCAAGCUGCUUCCUGGCAAGAAGCCGGAGCUGGCGUGCCCGACGUCACGUCAGGCCAUUGUGACGUGGUUCCGUGAGCGCGAGAUCCCGCGCCGGGCCUGCUUCAGGGGAAACACGGAUACCGUCGCUCCCUGGUUCCACGGCAUCAUCUCGCGCGAGGAUGCGGAGGAGCUGCUGUCGGGAACGGCGGAGGGUACGUUCCUGCUGCGUGUGAGCGAGCGCGUCUGGGGCUACGCGCUCUCCUACCGCAUGGCACGCUCCACCAAGCACUUCCUGGUGGACGCGGCGGGCGACUCCUACAGCUUCUUCGGCGUCGACCAGAUGAAGCACGCCUCCCUGCCCGAGUUGGUCAACUUCCACACGGUGGAGCCAGUCACGGUGAUCGGCGGGGAGAUAUUGAAAACACCGUGCGGGCAGCCGAAGGGGAAGUUGCCUGACUACGGAAAUCUCUUCAGCUGAGUCGUUACGAGACGGCAGUACCUCUAAUAGCCUCCGUUACUCCGUACGCUUGUCAAAUGUGGCACGGUCCUCUCUCACCCCACUUACACACCAUUGAGUUCCGUCACCCACUCUCAUUUUAAACUUGCACGUCUGUGACCAUAGCCAGAAAACCCAAUUCUCACCUGGGUGACUCGAUGCCAGCUGUCAAGAUGGACAUUGAAAAAUUAAAGCAGGUGUGUCGCGAUGGCUGUGCCCAGACUAAUGAGGGCGGGGCCUCUGGUGUCAUCGUAGCCUAUCUCUGGCCAUGCAUACACCUGUCCACCGUGCAGCACAUUAGCUAAGCUUCAGAACAAAGAACAGCUCGUGGGGCUGUUCGCAGUACUGCAUUAGGAUGUGAUGUAGGUUCGUCUUCUUGUAUUCCUUUGGAAAGGAGCCUUAAUGUGCCACUGAAAAAAAAAUAUAAUAUACUGUAUACGUGUAUGUAAGCUAGUAUUGUACUUGAAUUGAAAUAUGCAGCAAUAUAAUUAAAAUGUCAUCAAUAAAAUGGGCAAAAAUAUGAUUAAACGUUAGCUGCCAAUGUAGGAAAUAUACCACAACUGUAAAGACAUUGCAAGAGAAAUGUAAACAUAUUGGGCCAACUUGCCAUCGUGCCUGAUUUUGGACCUAAAAAGUACAAAAUUCCCAAAAGAGUGCUGCUUUUUAACCCAAAAUGGAAUGUUUUUUUUCUUACGCCAUGCAACUGGAUGGGAAUGUCUCCCAUGAACCUCUGUGCGAACGAAAAAUAGUUUUGCCAAAGGCAUUAUUUCAAACCGGUCCUCAGGGACCAUGCAGUAUGUUCAUUGUACUCGUCUGACAUAUUUUGUUCUGAAUAUGUGUAAAUGUUUUCAUUCGUAAUUAGAAAUAUUGGCUUUUGUUUUUACACAAACAGAAUGUCAUAUUUUAACCACCCGUUUUACACAGCAAGUAGCUCAAUGGCUUUUAUGGAUAAACUGUGUGAAAAUCCCAAGCUUAACUGUACGGUACAGCUUCACAUAUCCGACUCGCUUGGGCCUGAGAGUAUGGGCAGAUCUGUAGAAUGCUUGGUUAUAUGAACAUCAUCUAAAGGAAAAGUCAGUUACACCAUGCACAAAUAUGUUACUGAAGAAAAUUAAGCGGAAACUGCUUUAAGCACACGGACAUGCGUCACUGUACUAUAGAAGCAAGCAAAUGUGCUCGGGAUUAAUUACACAUCACUCUGCGUGAAAAUAUCGUAAUUGUUAACAUCUAUAGAAAAUUACUGUUACACCACGUACACAAAUACUGCACUGGAUGUGGGAUAUUAUUUGGUCAGGGCGGAUAUGUGAUGCUGUACUGUACACGAGUCCGGCCGAGAAAAUAUUUUCUAGAUGUGCACUAUCCCAUCGGUGGAUUAAGUUUAGGAAUAUUUUUAAAAUGGGAAAGUUGAAACAAUGUGGCAUGGUUUUCUGUUUGUUAAUCUCCCCCACCUCUGUCCACCCAGAAAUAUAAACGGGAACACCACAGUUGGCCGAUGGACAGGUUUACGUGUGGUGGAGCAAAGUAUGGCUAUCCCUACCUCUUCCAAGAUGUCUGGCCUGUGAGAGUAGGCCAAAUACACUUCCAGAAGGGCUCUCUAGAACUUUCUCUCGUAGAGGCCCCUCCCGUAAGCAGUGCCGUAAAGGAAACAAUUGCAGCGCUGCACCUUUAUAUUUACCUUUUAUUCUUGUAUUAGGCACUAGUCGAACAUUGGCAACAUUCAUGAUCAAAUACAAGUGGUGCAUCAAAAUGUGUUUUCCUAACACCAUAAGAUGAAUUGGUACCUGUAGUAAUUGUACGAAACAUCUGGUUUCCAAAGAGCAAAAUCAGUAUCUCUAUGAGCUAAAGCAUAUUUAACAGUAAGAUUAUUGAGAAAACAUGUGCUUUGUAUCCAAUGUUAAUUAUCUGCGAAUGUAUCAUCAGUGAAAUUUGCAUGAGUUGUCUCCUAUUAUCAGGUUGCUGUUUUUCCAAGAAAACUUGUCAAAUCAUCACCACCUCCAUAGGAAUUACUUAUUAAUUGAUCAUGCUGCCACCAUCAAACCCACUCCCGACAUUAGUCUCUAAAUGAAAUCCGGCUGUUUGUAAGAAAAUAAGCCUUAAAUGUGGCUGCCCUCGUGUGUACUUGAGAACAUAUCGUCCGGAGGGCGAUUUGGGUUUACAUUUAGAGUGAUGAGCACAGUGUCUCAGUCCUGUAUCUUGGGAACUGAUCUUGCCAUUGUGUGAUGAUGAUAACAUGCAUGCAAGUGCCUUGUUCGCCAUUGUUGAGUGGAUUAACAUAUUUUGGUUAUAAUUUUUUUACCUUUCAUCAACAGGUGUAAUUAAGUGAUUAAAUGUCAGUUGAACAAAUACACAAGGAUGUGCCAUUGUUAACUUAUUUUUGAAAAGUAAGUGCACAUUAUUGUUUUUAAUCUACUUUUUUAAUUUUCUCUUUUUGAACUAUAUUGUAGUACUGCCGAGAUGUUGGUUUUUUAAAGCCAGAUAUUUACAUUGCAAGAUUCAAGAUAAAAUUGUCUUUUUGUUCUGAUUAGCCAUGACCACUGAAGUGACCAAAAUGCAUUGAUAAAGGUCCCAAGGGAACCAAUAUGGCAUGAAGAAAAUUCAGGACUGGAAUUGUUUAGUUUGCUUCCGACAGAUGCUUAUUUUCUGAAACGUGAUCUUACGUGUACUUUGUAUUCUUAACGUCCUUAUUCCUUGGAUGUUUUGAUUCGUUAAAAUGACAAAAAAACAACGCCGACAGACUAAAAAUGAAAAAAAAAACACGUGUUUGCUUGAGUAACUUCCAGAUGUUGUUCUGUUGUGUACGACAUUUUGACAUCACUUCCGGUGUAGAAAAUUAAGUUCCAGUCUGUUUGUUACUAAAACUUUACUUGAGCAAAAUUAUUAUGCAUCACUAUUGUGCAAUGUCAGCUGCAACCCUUGUAGGAUUUUAUUAGAAAUAAUGUCUGUUUAGCAUAUUUACAGAACUAUAUACUAUUUAAUAUGAAUUGCAUCUGAAAUUACAGACUUUUCUCUGAAAAUCGUUGUCAUUAACAUUUCUCCUUUGUGGAGAAUUAAAAAAAAAGUAUCAAAAGUUUUGACACUGCAUAGUCUUUGAAAUGUUCUUAAUUGUCGUCUGGCUAACUAUCGCUCGAGAUAUUUGGUUCACAACUUGUACAGUUUGUAUGCAUCAAGGGAAAUAUCCAACUUUAAUUUCUGUUGUGUGAAACUGCUUUUGGAAGAAAUAAAAAAAAUAUUGUGGCUCGUGUAAAUAAAAUAAAAAUUGCACCCAUUCCAAGACUGGCGCUGUCGCAGCUUGGAGGGGUCCAAUUUCCGCGAUUUUCGAAAAAAGGGUCUGUGCCGUGUUCCCUUUUGUUUUUUUUAUUAUUUGAUUUAAUAAAGAUAUGGACUUUUG